UGCUAAUUAUUCACCAUUUCCUUUCCUUCUCUCGCCAGCAAGCAACCCACAGCACCAAGUCGCAGGCUUAUCGCGAUUGCUUCUCCACCCUCCCUCCAUCCGCCGUUAUAUAGACCUGAGGCUAUGUUCGCAACUGUUGUUUUUUCAUUCUCUGUGUGCAUCUAUCCAAUCUCCUAAAUGAGGACCAUAGAGAACACACAAAAAGUAUAGACCAUGUCCGAAUCCUCAUAUCACGACCGCGCCCGCAUCAAACGCUCCAUUCAGGCAUCUCUGAUCCCUCCAGAAUGGCGCCUUGAGUCGGUCCCUUCCGUUGGGGCUGUUCCGGAUGCAGUGACGUAUAUUCGGAAUACCAGCAACAAGCUGCUAUCGCCACGGGAGCUAGCCAUCACUGAGACGUCCGAUGUCAACAUUUUACUCCGAAAGCUGGCGAGUCGCCAGCUUUCUUCGCUGGAGGUCACCAAGGCGUUUGCGAAACGAGCAGCUUUGCUUCACCAGUUGACCACGUGUUGUACCGAAAUCUUCUUCGAAGAUGCAUUUGCGCGUGCAAAGCAGCUGGACGACCAUCUGCAGAAAACUGGGGAAACGGUUGGGCCAUUGCAUGGAUUGCCGGUUUCUAUCAAGGAUUUGUUUGGCGUAGAAGGCGUAGACACGUGUAUUGGCUGGGUAGGUCUCACAAACAAGCCUGCAUCGCAGGAUGGAAAUGCAGCCACAACGCUACGCCGAUUGGGCGCUGUCUUAUAUGUCAAAACCAACGUCCCACAAUCAAUGAUGAUGUCUGACUCAUAUAACCACGUCUUUGGCCAGUGCGUCUCUCCACUCAAUCGUAACUUCAUAUCUGGCGGCAGUUCAGGUGGUGAGGGGGCUCUCGUGGCUGGAAAAGGCAGCAUAUUAGGCAUCGGGACCGAUAUCGGUGGUUCCAUCCGCAUUCCAGCAAACAUAUGUGGACUAUAUGGGCUGUCUCCUAGCUCAGGCAGGCAGCCAUAUGAGCGCAAUGGACCCCGACAAGAUAUAAUCCGCUCAGUAGCCGGUCCAAUGACGAGAAGCUUAGCCACCAUAGAAAAAUACAUGGAGGCCUUACCGACAGCACGACCGUGGGAAAUUGACCCCCAGACCAUACCAAUUCCAUGGAGAACGGAGCUUUGCACGACGACGAAGCGCCUUAAAAUCGGAUUUGUCUUUGAUGAUGGAGUUGUCAAAGUUCAGCCCCCAGUUGCUCGAGCAGUAAGAGAAGUUUUUGAUUCUCUGAAAGCUGCUGGUCAUGAGGUAUUCGAAUGGGACGCUUCAUCGCAUUCUUAUGCUUAUGAUCUGUGGGAAAGGGCCAUUUUAGCAGAUGGUGGUGAGGGAUGUCGAAAACUGUGCGAACUCAGUGGCGAGCCUCUGAUCGAAGGCAUGCUUGUUGGGAAACCGGAAAAUCUCUUGACUACAGCGCAAACGCAUCAACUUAUUUCUGAUAAAUAUAUAUACGAAAGUGAUUAUUUACGUCGCUGGUUUGCCUCCAACAUGGACGCCCUGAUUAUGCCAAUCACACCCUGGGUGAGCUACCGGCCACGAACAUGGGUGAAAAGUCAUCAAUACGUCGGAUACACAUCAAUAUGGAAUCUGUUAGACUAUCCGUCUCUUGCUAUUCCCGUCACAAAAGCCGACAGGCUCAAGGACAGCUUGCUAUCUCAAGACUGGCGUAAUCAUCAGCCAAGAAAUAAAAGCGACGAAUUCAACCAUACCCAAUUUGAUAUUAAUCUCGUGCACGGCAUGCCUGUAGGUGUACAGAUUGUGACCCCCAAAUUACAGGAGGAGAAAUGCAUUGCUGUUGCAAAGGUCAUUGAGCAGAGUCUCAGUCUGGCUAGUGACGUGGCUGUGAAGUUAUGAAUUGUGAAACGAAGAGUAUUCUUGAAUCUAGAGUUUUGCAUUGAGAUAGAUACGACUUGGAUAUAUUUUCUCUAUGAUUUUCAUCUACGUGUACAUGGCAUGUCUAGUCCUUGAUAUCGAUUGAUUGUUUUACUUAACAUACAAGCCUAUUUGGCUAGCAAGCGAUUGGAAAACACGCAGUAACAUUGAAAUCUCAUUCACCAUAUGACAAUAAAGCAGCUAGCCACCUAGAGUUCAAGUAAUUUAGGAAAAUACUGUUUUGACGGGC